AUCAGUAUCUUCAUGACCCACUUGUCUAACUACGGGAAUGACCGACUGGGGUUAUACACAUUUGUCAAUCUGGCCAGUUUUGUUCAAAGCUGGACCAACCUGAAGCUGCAGACACUACGUCCAAUUCAGUUGGCUCACAAAUAUUUUGAGCUCUUUCCAGAACAGAAGGACCCACUCUGGCAGAAUCCAUGUGAUGACAGACGCCAUCGUGAUAUCUGGUCUAGAGACAAAACCUGCGGCCACCUACCAAAAUUUCUUGUGAUUGGACCCCAGAAAACAGGAACAACAGCACUCUAUUUAUUUCUCCUUAUGCAUCCCUCCAUAAUUAGUAAUCUUCCUAACCCAAAAACCUUUGAGGAAGUUCAGUUCUUUAAUGGAAACAACUAUCAUAAGGGAAUUGAUUGGUAUAUGAAUUUUUUCCCUACCCCUUUAAAUAUCACUGCUGAUGUUUUGUUUGAGAAAAGUGCCAGCUAUUUCCAUUCUGAAGAUGCUCCUAAACGUGCAGCGUCCUUGAUACCCAAAGCAAAAAUCAUCACCAUCCUCAUUGAUCCAUCCGACAGAGCCUAUUCAUGGUAUCAGCAUCAGCGUUCUCAUGAGGACUCUACUGCUCUCAAGUUCAAUUUCUAUGAAGUAAUUGCUUCAAAUGAUGGGGCACCAUCUGAACUAAAGGGCUUACAGAAGAAAUGUUUGAUUCCUGGCUGGUAUGCUGUCCACAUAGAAAGAUGGCUAAAAUAUUUCCCCUCUUCCCAGUUGUUAAUUAUUGAUGGACAGCAAUUAAGAAGUGAUCCAGCAGCCACCAUGGAUGGAGUUCAGAAGUUUCUGAGCGUUGCUCCUCAUUAUAAUUAUUCCGAUGCAUUAACGUUUGAUCCUCAGAAAGGAUUUUGGUGCCAGCUGCUGGACGGAGGAAAAAUAAAAUGUUUGGGGAAAAGUAAAGGCCGAAAAUACCCUCCCAUGGAUCAAGAGUCUAGGGCAUUCCUUUCAAAUUACUACAGAGAUCACAACGUGGAACUGUCCAAAUUGUUACACAGACUGGGACAACCUUUGCCAUCUUGGCUAAGACAAGAGCUCCAGAAACUGAGAUAGCACAGAACACAAGUGAAACCACUUUGAUCACUUCCUGGUUCACUCUCAGCUAUCAAUGGAAGAUAUCAUGAUGUUAAGGAUAUUUUUUUUAAAAAGAAAAAAAAAGCUGCACCAAAAACAAGCAAAUAAAACAAUCAGAGCUUUGAAGUAUUAUCCUUUAUCCAUUAUGGGGUUCACAUAUAUUCUGCAUACCCUGAAACUGUACAUAUAUGACUAUAUGACCUAGAGUUAUCACCAUAUAUGGCAAAUUACAGUCUGACAGGACGAAGAAUGGAUGCAUCUCACCGUGGAUUGCAAGUGCAUCCUUCCCAUGCAGUUUCAAAAAUGUGGAUUCCAGGACUUGACGUUUCCCAGUGUUACUUCAUCUGCAAUGACGAAUAAAGAUUCGCAAGUGGCUACAAUUGUCCUAUCUGCAGAAGCUGGAUUUUGUAAACCUAGACCCAGAGACAGAAAAUAUAGUCUUCCCACUGGAAACUUAAUUCUGAUACUUUC